AUGCAAUAUAAAGAUGGACGAAACAUUACCAAUAUAGGAAGAGAUGAUCAAGCAGGAUUUAGACUCGAUACAAUGACAACCCAUAAGCUACACCCUACUCUUUGUGCAAAAGGAAAUGAGCAUGUUACAACAUACACUGAUUACACAACCAAGUAUCCUUCGAAACUCCAAACAACAUGUUACAAUUUUCCAUGCACCGAAACGACUGGAGAAAUAUGCUCUGGCGUGGUCAAGGCACCAUUGUUACACGUGAAGAAUGCUGCUCAGCAUUUUGUAGAUCUAGAGAUGAUUCAAGAAAAGGACACUACCAAACCAGCAUUCCUUAAUCCGGACACUAAACAAAUGAAAGAUAUAGAAUGCAUCAGAGUAGAUGGUGCUGGUGAUGAGGGACCAUCUCAUCUCGAAGUUCAGUACUGGUGGACUUGAAGACAUCUGGAAGUCAAAACAACUGCUACACUUGUUACAUCACGUAACAGUGGUGCAAGUUUUCGCAACUGUGUUGAACUUCAAAAUGGCUGCUUAGCUCUCGGACAUGCGAAUCUUUUUAUUCCCUCUACACUUAAUGGAUCAUGCUUAACACAAUCUGGAGGAGUAAAUGAAGAUACAUUAAGAAAAAACCUUGAAUCUGCCAUUGAUGUAUACAUUUCUAGAGUGGAUGGAAGUCCUUGUGCCUCCACGGAAAUACAUCUUUUUAAAGGUAGAAGCAGUGAUCAACGUCAGAAGGAGACUGAUUUGUUGAAGAUUUUUCUAAAGGGAAGUAAGGAAAAAAAGUUGAAGUUGGCAAAGGAGAAUCCAGUAAUGUUCAAAAAAUUUGAGGAGACAUGGGCUGUACGUGAAAAGCACAUGCUAAAAGACGUCCCAACCAAAUACAUCUUUUUUCUCCGUUGUUGCUACAAUGAUGAUUGCAUCCAUCCUAAGUGCCAAGCAGGACGUCCACAAGAUCCAGUAACUUGGUAUCCUGGAGGUCCUCCGAUUGAUUUUCUUCCCCUACCUUUGGCAGAUCCUGAUAGAGCAUAUCAAGGCAACUGCAGUGUGUGUCAGAAUUCGUGUUCUGGGCACUAUAUGAAGUACGAAAGUCUGCUCGAUCGUUAUUUAGCUACUAAGAAAAGCGAUUUUCUUCAACCACCAUCAGUUUAUAUUCUCCAGGAAUUCCAGAAGAAUAAAGAAAUUUCUCAAGAUGACAUUUUAGAAACUUCACAAAAAACUUUGUUGCCAGAAGAAGAGGUAAAGCUAUGGUUUACACAUUUACAUGGAGUCUCUGAGAAUCAAAAAGCUGGUGCUAAGAAAGCCGCUGAAACGAGAAAAAAGAAGAAUGCUAACUCGAACAUAGUCGAAACAGAAGACAACAACGAAAUUUGUGAAGAAUGCGGUGAACGUGACCCUCCAGGUGGGGAAGAUGUUGUUGUAAACUGGAUUUCUUGUGACGGAUGUUUGUUGUGGUGGCACAAAACUUGCGCUAGAUUGGAAAAUUCCAACCCACGGCAGUGGUUAUGUAUUUCUUGUUCGGAAGUUUGGUGA